UUUUUUUUUAUAUAUAUCGUUUUCUAAAAUGUCAAGUAAUCAACUCGAAUCUACAACUAACAAACGAAUUGCUUUACCUGUUCGUAUUGAACCUAAGGUAUUUUUCGCCAAUGAACGUACUUUUUUAUCGUGGUUGAAUUUUACAGUUGUAUUGGGUGGUUUAGCCAUGGGACUCUUGAAUUUUGGUGAUCGUAUUGGUCGGUUAUCUGCUGUAUUAUUCACCAUCAUUGCUAUGGGUGUCAUGUUAUAUGCUUUAUAUACUUUCCAUUGGCGUGCUACCAAGAUCCGUAACCGGGAAAAUGCACCUUAUGAUGAUCGUGUGGGUCCUACUGUUCUUUGUAUCUUCAUGUUAGCAGCUGUUAUUACCAACUUUUGGUUACGUCUUGGUGAUCAAGGAAAAGUUUGAAUUUCAUCCUUUUUGUCAUACCUUUUAUAUUCUAAAAUCAAUAUUGAACCCAUGUUUACUUCUUUUUUUCUUUUUUCUUUUUUCUUU